GGUGUGCAGAGGGAGAGACGGCGUCCCGCCGUGGCCCCGUGGGGACACUGCAUUGCUUUGGGUGUUUCUGGGCUCCAGUGCUGAGCAAUGCCGCAUUUUGGGGCCGCCUCUUGCUCCCGUGCUCACGCGGUGGUGUUUGGACUGCGAACACAGCAAGGGAAAUUUAUGGCUUGGAGGAGGAGGGGGGAAGAAAAGGAAAGAAAUCACACGCCCAGAUGCAGCGGUUCCGCGGGUGUUUGUUCAGCUUCGUGGAAAAUCUCCUCCCGGUGGGGAGCGUGGAACAGCCGUGUUGGCGCCGCGAUUCUCCGGCGUGGGGACAGGGCUGGAUGGGGACAGGGCUGGAUGGACACCCUGUGCCAGAUGGGUGUUGCUGGACUCGGUGCCGUCUCCAGGGCCGCCCCCUGAACCCCUCAUCUCACCCCGUUUGCCCUCGGGGCUGGGUGCUGCUCUGCUGUCAGAUGCACCACAUGUCUGCGCCCCGUCCCACCGCCCCGCACAGUGCGCCAGGUGCCGUGCCCCACACUCCCACCCCACUGUGGGGUCCAGACACAUCCCAGAAAGGUCCCCGUUGUGCCCUACCCACCCAGGUGCCGCUCACCACCCGCCCUGUCCCCGCAGACCCCGCCGCACCACGGGCUGCCACCAUGCCCGACUCGCCGGCCGACGUCAAGACGCAGCCCAGGUCCACGCCGCCCAACAUGCCGCCGCCGCCGCCCGCCGUCACGCAGGGAGCCACGCGUCACCCCUCCUUCACACCCAGCACCAAUCGAGACGCUGUCCCUCCGACGUUUCUUCCUCGCGGCCGUUUUCAUGGUUGCUUGAAAUGGUCGAUGGUCUGUCUCUUGAUGAACGGCAGCAGCCACUCGCCCACCGCCAUCAAUGGGGCCCCGUCCACCCCCAAUGGGUUCAGCAACGGGCCGGCCACCUCCUCCAGCGCCUCGCUGUCCACCCACCAGCUCCCACCAGCCUGUGGAGCCCGGCAGCUCAGCAAACUCAAGCGGUUCCUCACCACCCUGCAGCAGUUUGGCAAUGACAUCUCGCCUGAGAUUGGGGAGCGGGUGCGCACCCUCGUCCUGGGGCUCGUGAACUCCACGCUGACCAUCGAGGAGUUUCACGCCAAGCUGCAGGAGGCCACCAACUUCCCACUGCGGCCCUUUGUCAUCCCCUUCCUGAAGGCCAAUCUGCCCCUGCUGCAGCGUGAGCUGCUGCACUGCGCCCGCAUGGCCAAGCAGAGCCCGGCGCAGUACCUGGCGCAGCACGAGCAGCUGCUGCUGGAUGCCAACGCCUCCUCACCCAUCGACUCCUCCGAGCUGCUCCUGGAGGUCAGCGAGAGUGGCAAGAGGAGGACACCAGACAGGACCAAAGAGAACGGUUUGGACCGCGACCCCCUGCACCCCGAGCACCUCAGCAAGCGGCCGUGCACCAUGAGCCCGGCGCAGCGCUACAGCCCCAGCAACGGGGAGCCACCCCCCCAACGGGCUGCCCCCCCCCCCCCUGGCCCCCCGCCCCAGCACUACCGCCUGGAGGACAUGGCCAUGGCGCACCACUAUCGCGACACCUACCGCCAUGCCGACCCCCGUGAGCGCCCACGGCCCGCUGUGCAUGGGGCGCGCCAGGAGGAGGUGAUCGACCACCGGCUCACCGACAGGGAGUGGGCAGAGGAGUGGAAGCACCUCAACAACCUGCUAAACUGCAUCAUGGACAUGGUGGAGAAGACACGGCGGUCGCUGACGGUGCUGCGGCGGUGCCAGGAGGCCGACCGUGAGGAGCUCAACCACUGGAUCCGCCGCUACAGCGACGCCGAGGACAUGAAGAAAGGCAGCCCCCCCUCCGCCCGGCCCCACAACAGCUCCUCCAGCUCCGAGGCACCCCAGUUAGAUGCGCACCGGGAUUUUGCACCGCGGCCGCUCUCGGGGUACAUGCCUGAGGAGAUCUGGAGGAAGGCUGAAGAAGCCGUGAAUGAGGUGAAGCGGCAGGCCAUGUCCGAGCUGCAGAAAGCUGUGUCGGAUGCUGAGCGCAAAGCCCACGAGCUGAUCACCACUGAGCGCGCCAAGAUGGAGCGGGCGCUGGCUGAGGCCAAGCGGCAGGCAUCCGAGGAUGCCCUCACAGUCAUCAACCAGCAGGAGGACUCCAGUGAGAGCUGCUGGAACUGCGGGCGCAAAGCGAGCGAAACCUGCAGCGGCUGCAACACCGCCCGCUACUGCGGCUCCUUCUGCCAGCACAAGGAUUGGGAGAAGCACCACCACGUCUGCGGGCAGACUCUGCAAGGGCUGCCGGCCCCCUCCGUCCCCACAGGCGUGGGGCAGCCCGAGGCGGUGCCCCCCAUGGCCAGCAGCCCCAGCGACGCCGGCUCAGCAGGCGCAUCUCGUGCCGGCACACCGGGGACCCCGGCGCCACUGGAGAGCGCAUCGCGCUGAGCGCGGACUGACGCCCAUGGCAGCUCUCUGCUCCCACACUGGGUGACCUCCGAACCGACCUCGAGCUCUCAGAUAAUCCUCACGGAUCCUCAAACUGGGCUUUACGUGGAGUUAAGGCAACUACCCAUUGUUCUCUGUUCUCUCUUCGGUCUUUGUUUUUUGGCUUUUUUUUUUUGGUUGCUUUUUUUUUUUCCCCCAUCCUUUGGGCUGUUCCUUGCUACCCGGUGGCUUUUGGCAUUUUUUUCUAUCCAUUUUUCUUUUUUUUUUUUUUUUUCCCCUCGUUUCUGGAUGAGGAGC